AUGGCCGCCGCCGCCAAUCGGGCCCGCGCGGCCGGCGGCUCGAUCCACGACCGCCUGAGCGCCCUGCCGAACGACCUCCUCCGCUGCGUCCUCUCCCUCCUCCCGGCGCAGCAGGCCGUGCAGACCACCGCGCUGUCCAGGAGGUGGACGGAUCUGUGGCGCUCGGCGCCCGGCAUCAACCUCGACAUGCGGGAUUUCCGGAGGACGAGGGUUCUGUAUGACGUUGAGGAUCCUGAUCCAUCUCGGUAUCAGUUACCCCAUCUGAGCUUCCCUGCUGGUUGUGGCCUUAAAAGGUUGGAGCUUACCAGUGUCUCUUUGGAUGAUUCUUUCGCGGAGCGGCUCCGUUCUUGGUGUCCAGACCUCGAAGAUUUGGUCCUCGAUCAAUGUAGCAUUGGGUUUUCUCGCAUUGAAUCCGACAAGCUGAAGAAUUUGGUUGUUCAGUAUUGUACAAAUGAACCUGCAGCUGCAGAUGUAUCUGUUAUCAGGGCUCCUCGUCUUGCUUCCCUGCGCCUGGACAAUCCUUAUCACAGAUAUGAAAAUGGGGUUUCGUUAUAUGUACGGAAUUCCCUUGAGAGGGCAUUUAUCUCUAUUGGCCCUGGUGAAUUCCCUCCAAGAAGUGAAGCCAGGCUUAUUGGCAGCCUAUGCGGUGUGACCAACUUAGAGUUGAAAGGUUUUCAGACGAUGGCAAUGCUGGAUAAGGAAUUUGAUAAAGUCUCAAUAUUUGGAAACAUGAGAACCUUGUGUCUUGACUCGUGUUUUUACAACCCCAGCAACUGUGAUUUACACAAAUUCAAGGCUGUUAUGAGAUUUCUGCAAAAAGCUCCUAAUCUAGAGAAGCUUACUUUGAAAAAUUUCCGGGUCUCACAAGUUGUUGAACCGGUGGAAUAUCCUAAGCUCGAAAACCUGAGAACCUUAUUCCUUAAUAAGUGCGAUUUACAUGAUAAUUUUGGGAUACUGCAGUACUGUUUGCGGAACUCUCCUAAUUUGGAACCUUUGCAAGCUCUCGGAUGGUUCCACGCGAGGGGAAGGAAAGGCCAGGUCAAAGAAGAUAUAUUCUCGAGUUAGUAACGUGGUGCGUUUCAAAUGUCUGAAGCUAAGUUCUACUGAAAUCAUGUGCGGCGAAGAUGAUGCCAAUAUUCGAGAACUGGUCAGGUUUUUGCUGGACAUGUAUGCACCAAAGAAUACUAUAACGUUCACCCAAUUAUGAAGAAGUGAAGAACCUAUCAGCCUGACUCUAGGCGGCCUAUGUUGAAGUUUCUACCUGUCAACUAUUUUCGGACGCAUUGUCUUCCGUAGAUAUAAGGCAACAAAUCUAUUUGACCUUCUCAAGAUCAGUUAAGGGUGUGGUUCAUGGUGUUGUGGUGCCUUGAUGGAAUAAUGUAGCCUAGAAUCCAGAAUAAGGGAAGAACGUAAACUAGUGAUCUCUUGAGCGAAAUGCUGUCUGCAAUGCGUUGUUGAUUCUGAUUAGCUCAGCUUGAGUUAUCCAUCGCCAUGUUUUGUUGUAGGCAUGAAUUCUUCGUUCUUGUAAAGUGCAGCCAUGUGUUGCGUAGCCUUGUGCUUCAGGGAUUAUUAUUGCUUGGCUACGUA